GAGAGAAGGGCGUCAUCUGUGUGCCCGGAAGGCAGAUCAGGGCAUUUCCCGUGGCCACCGCCUGGGUGCUGCCAGUGCAGAGCGUCUUGCGGGGCGCCCUGCCUGAGUGGGGAGCGGGGUGCUGACGGUGAGUAAGCCAAGUGGACAGGGAUGAACGCACAAUCGCUCUUGUGAGGCCACAGCCCUGGACUGGGGGACCAAGCUCAGAGCCCAACAUAUGGCCUGGACAUGAUGCACAGUGCCAGGCGCAGCCUCCCUUUCCCCCUGAACUGCCAGCUUGUAAGGGUCGGAACUGCUGAUUAUGGAGGUACGUCGGAUCAGAGCGAUCAGCAGCUGGACUGUGCCUUGGACCUAAUGAGGCGCCUGCCUCCACAGCAGAUCGAGAAAAACCUCAGUGACCUGAUCGACCUGGUCCCCAGUCUGUGUGAAGAUCUCCUGUCUUCUGUUGACCAGCCACUGAAAAUUGCCAGAGACAAGGUUGUGGGCAAGGAUUACCUUUUAUGCGACUACAACAGAGACGGGGACUCGUAUAGGUCACCGUGGAGUAACAAGUAUGACCCUCCUUUGGAAGAUGGGGCCAUGCCGUCUGCUCGACUGAGAAAGCUGGAGGUGGAGGCCAACAAUGCCUUCGACCAGUACCGAGACCUGUAUUUUGAAGGUGGCGUCUCAUCUGUCUACCUCUGGGAUCUGGAUCAUGGCUUCGCUGGAGUGAUUCUCAUAAAGAAGGCUGGAGACGGGUCAAAGAAGAUCAAAGGCUGCUGGGAUUCCAUCCAUGUGGUGGAAGUGCAGGAGAAGUCCAGUGGCCGUACCGCCCAUUACAAGUUGACCUCUACGGUGAUGCUGUGGCUGCAAACCAACAAAUCCGGCUCGGGCACCAUGAACCUGGGAGGCAGCCUGACCAGACAGAUGGAAAAAGAUGAAACCGUGAGCGACUGCUCCCCACACAUAGCCAACAUCGGGCGCCUGGUGGAGGACAUGGAAAAUAAAAUCAGAAGUACACUGAAUGAGAUCUACUUUGGAAAAACAAAGGAUAUCGUCAAUGGGCUGAGAUCUCUUGAUGCUAUCCCUGACAACCACAAGUUUAAGCAGUUGCAGAGGGAGCUUUCUCAAGUGCUGACCCAGCGCCAGGUCUACAUCCAGCCUGAUAAUUGAGCCGACCCAGGUCUGUGCAGACAUUUGCAGACAAAUCAAAGCAGGAAGCUCUCAAGAACGACCUGGUGGAGGCCUUGAAGAGAAAGCAGCAGUGUUAAGCCUCCGCUUCACGCUAACCGGACACGCCAUGCACUCGUUAGAUUCCUUUCUUAGAAAACUCGUUUUCUGCUCCCUCUCCCUCUUCCUCUCCCUCCCCGAUGGGUCACAUAACAGUUUGCAUCGACCACGCAGCGCCAUCGCUCCCCAAGAAUAAAGCCCGGUAACCACCCUC